CUUCUUGGUUUGUCUUCUAGGGUUAGCGCGCGCUCUCAAAUUAUCAAAAAUAUCAUUCGAUUGAUCGGAAAAACAGAGAUAGAGAUAGAGAGAGAGAGAGAGUCAGUCAGAAAUGGGGUCGAGAGACAAUGACCACCCGGCGCCGCACAACCCGCCUAUGCUCAGCAGCCUCAUUGUCCGCCCCUCCCACAGCGAAGGGAGCGGCGGCGGGGGCGACGUAUCCGGCGGCCGUGAGCCCCCGCCUGAUUACUCCCGUUCUGAUCGCUACUCCGAUGACCUUGGAUAUAGAACUCGUGCAAGAUCCCUAUCUCCUGCGCGUCGCAGAAAUUCAGAACGCCGUUAUAGUUCUGACUUUGAUCAUCCACCACAUGGCUGGGAAUUCAGGAGUCAUAGGGAAGCUGGCAGAUUUCGAGACCACGCACCCCCUAAUGAAAGAGGAAGGGCAGGUGGCAGGUCAUAUAGCCAUGGUUUUGCUGGGCCUGGGUUGGAUCCUAGUCCAUUCAGAGGUGAAGUCACUGGAAGAAACAACCCAAAUGUUCGUCCAAGGGAAGGAGACUGGUACUGUCCCGAUCCUGCAUGCAACAAUCUAAACUUUGCAAGGAGGGAGUUCUGUAAUAAUUGCAGCCGUCCUCGUUCUCAGAGGGGUGCCUAUGCUGGUCGGCUUCCUUUAUAUCCCUCUCCAAGGCGAUUCAAUGGCCGUCUCAUGGACCGGUCCCCUCCUAGCUACAGGUCCCCACCUCGACAAUGGGCCCGGGAGGAACCUGGGCUUAGAGACUUUGUUCCUGGUGCCCCGCCCCCUCCUCCACACGAUUAUCGCCCAAGAAGAGACCGCCUCAGCUAUCUAGAAGGCGAGUACAGGGGAAGAGAUAAGUACGGCCGCCUGGUUCCACAGGAGUCUGGCCAGCGGGACCGCAUGAGGGGGAGCUUCUUCGGUGGAAGGAAGGGUUAUGAGAGACAGCCACUGUCACCGCCCCUUCAUCCGCCGCCUUUGCCGGCUGGACAUGACCGGCGGGGCCACGUUAUGAGGGAGAGGAGUCGCUCCCCUAUUGAUGGCUCUUCCAAGGGCUACCAGCGAGACCUCUACAUGGAUAGGGGUCGAGAUGGCCGGAGUGGCGGUCGGGAUAGAAUCAGCCGUACAUAUUGACGAGCAAUAGAAGACAGUUUUUGUCUCAAACGAUCGUUUAAGAGCAUAACUGUGGAGGUCACUGGAAUUCUGUUGUAUCUAGAACAACCUCAAUACAUGUUUUUUUCGUCCCUAGUUUAACUCAUUGUUUCGACCUAUUCCGUCAAUGCAAUAUUUUAAAUUCAGGUUA